AUGCCUGAGCCUAGCAGUAAAAGUUCUCGGAAAUCACUAGCAAUCUGUUGUGGUGUAACCACAGCUGUUUUGACCAUCCUUGUAAUUGUAUGUGUCAUCUUGCUCCUUACUGUCUUCAAGCCUAAAAGGCCCCAUGUCACUGCCCACCCUGCAAGUCUCGAAAACAUUCAGUUCCAACUCGACCCAUCUUUGUCUCUAAAUGCUACAUUAGGCUUAGUUGUUACCAUUCACAAUCGAAAUUAUGGAAGCUUCAAGUACCAAAACACAACAUCAACGAUUGAUUACCAUGGGAUCACUGUAGCUGAUGUUCCAAUUGAAGGUGACAAAGUUCCUGCACGCGGUACACUUAAUAUUAGCAGAUUUGAAAAUUUUACUGCAGAUAAGCUAAUCUUAAGUCCCUAUUUUUGGGAUGAUCUUCGUGCUGGGAGUUUUAACUUGACAUCAACGGCUACCCUGCAUGGUAAAGUGUGUGUGUUCGAGGUUUUUAAGGUGGGUGCGACGGUAUUUACCACGUGUGAUAUCUCCGUUUUUAUUCAGCCUCCAAAUGUCGAGUCCAAAUGCAAUUCAUAUGUCAAGUUGUGA